CGGGUCACAGAGUGGAAUCUUUGCUUCUAUUUCUGUUUAGGGAUCAUAUGGAAAUGGAAACACGCUACUGUUGCUACCCCCCAAUUCCAAAUACCUUGUGUUACAUAGUCUCGUAGAAAGGUCGAAGCUGGGUCUCGGAAUUGUGCGAUUUCUCUCAUCUAAAGAAACAGCAGGGACUGUAAUUUUGCUCUCAGUUGGAUUGUUAGAAUGAUAUCAGAGGAGGAGGGCAACGCGAGGGUUUUGUGGUGUCUCAAGUGUAAAGAGGGUACUAGUGAAACCAACAGAUUGUUGGUUUGUUGUGAGAAUGGAUGCCCAAUUGUUAUUCAUGAAGAGUGUAUGACGGUGCAGCCUCAGUUUGAUGAUAUGGGUAACUUUUACUGCCCUUAUUGUGCAUACAAGUGGAUAAGCCAUUUGUGUAAGCAGAAAGAGAAAAUGUUAGACCUAUCCGCUCUUAAAUUGACCAACUGGAUUUUGAGGGCAACCCAAGGAGACAGUGAGCAGAGGAGGAGGGAGGUUGACGAUGAUGAAGAGAAUGGCGGUGUAUCUGCAAGGCAGGAUUUUGAGAAUGUUAAAGGUGGAGAAAGACAGGAGGAAAGAGAGCCUUUGGUGGUGGAGCCUCUGCUAACAGUGAGGCUUUCUGAUAUACAAGGAACGUCAGAUGGAGAUGAAGGACUUGGUAAAAGGGUGGCCGAGGAGGAGGACAAUGGAACCAGAAAGUUGCCAAAAUCUUUGAGCACAAGCUUUGCAUCUCUUGAUAGACGGAGAGUAUUAUGGACCAAGGAAGAGGAACAAGCUUUAAAGGAGGGAGUGAAAGAAUUUUGGACCACAAAUAGAAAGUCUAUACCCUGGGAGAAAAUAUGUGAGGCUUACAAAGAUAGAUUUCACAGUUCACGUACUGCAGCUAAUCUCAAGGAUAAAUGGAAGUUUAUGACCAAAACAGCAACAAAAAAGGGUAAUUUGAUACCAUCGCUGCGUUGUUUUGAGGAAUUGCAGGUAUCCGAGCUGAAGUAGUGAUCAUCGCUUGUCAAGAGAAAAAGUUAUCACAUUCUCAAGUUUAGUUGUAUUUUGUGUACUCAAUACAAUGUGAUGUGGAGUUGCACGCAAAAUCUGUUCUAAUGUCAAAGAGCUUACAAAGCUUUUGAAAUCGUAAUCAUGGUUUGUUAAACCUCCA